AUGGACGGGACGGCGGCGGAGGGUCAGGCCAAGACCCAGAAGCGGGUGAGGUUCCGGGUGGCUUCGGGGAGCAGCGGUCGGGUGCUGAAAGAGAUAUACAAAGACGAGGGGGCCUGCGACUCGCUCGACUCGGACUGCACCAGCAGCUCGGUGGCCAGUGGGGAUGGACCGCCUUACGGAGGAUGGUAUCUGGGGUCUGAGCUGGAUGACAGCGAGAGCGAACCUGACGAGCUGCUGGUGUACGCCGCUGGGGCCGCCAAGGACCAGAGGUUCACCCCCAAAAGGGUCAACAUCCUCAGCAAGAACGGCACUGUGAGGGGGGUCAAGCACAAAGUGAGCGCGGGUCAGACGCUCUUUGAAAACCUUCCCCAUUGCAACAGUGUGGAGUCAUUGCUGGAAUUUGGUCGGAUUGUGAUCUACACCACCAGUUUUCGUGUGGUGAGAACCACUUUUGAACGCUGUGAGCUGGUGCGCAAGAUCUUCCAGAACCACAGGCUCAAGUUUGUGGAGAGGAACAUUGCUCUGGACAGCGACUACGGCAAGAAGCUUGAAGAGCGCUGCAAGCGGGUGGGAGAGCUUCCGUCGCUGCCCGUCGUCUUUGUGGACGGACACUACCUCGGGGGUGCUGAGAAGAUACUAAGCAUGAAUGAAUCAGGAGAACUGCAAGAUCUUCUGACAAAAAUUGAGAGGGUGCAGCACCCCGAGACGUGCCAGAGUUGCGGGGGCUUUGCUUUUGUCCCGUGCCCAACGUGCCAUGGCAGCAAGAUGUCUGUGUUCCGUAACUGCUUCACGGACUCCUUCAAAGCCCUCAAGUGCACUUCCUGUAACGAGAAUGGACUGCGGCCUUGCGGGAGCUGCAGCCAGUGA